AUGGCUUUUAUGGUGAAACAAAUGGUGGGAGGGCAUGUGAAGAACCUGACCGGGGGUUUGACUGAGGAAAAGCCCGAAGGAGAGAAAUCGGAAGCCGCAGCGGCAGGAAUGACCCAGGAGGAAUUUGAACAAUAUCAACAACAGUUAGAGGAGGAAAAGCAGGAACGAGAUGCUAGUUUUGCACAGAAGAAAGCUGAGCGGGCAACAGUUAGAAGUCACUUCCGGGACAAAUACAGACUGCCAAAGAAUGAGCUGGAUGACACUCAGAUCCAGCAGGCGGGGGAUGACGUGGAGCUGCCCACAGAGCUAGCCAAGAUGAUCGCUGAUGACAACAAGGAGGAGGCGUCCAAAACGUCUGUCCUGGGCCAGCUGACCAACAUCCAGAAUGUGGACAUGGACCAGCUGAAGGACAAGGCCCAGGCCACGCUGGAAGACCUCAAACAGUCUGCUGAGAAGUGCAAUCUCAUGUGAUCUGGCUGGCUGACUGAAUUCCUGCUCUCUCUCUCCCUCCCUUACUCUCUUUAUCUGUACAACAAAGGAUCUGUGUAAGAUAUGAUCUAUGAUCAUGUACAAACGUUGAUAGUCAUGUUGCUUUGAAUACACACACAUACAGUCAACACUGCCUCACAUACACAAACAUACUGCAGCAGCUCCUGGCCAAGGAAUCAGAGUAAACAAUGUCUAAGCUGUGGGGAAUCAGAGUUAACACUGUCUAAGCUGUGGGGGAAUCAGAGUAAACACUGUCUACGCUGUGGGGGAAACAGAGUAAACACUGUCUAAGCUGUGGGGGAAUCAGAGUAAACAAUGUCUAAGCUGUGGGGGAAACAGAGUAAACACUGUCUAAGCUGUGGGGGAAUCAGAGUAAACAAUGUCUAAGCUGUGGGGGAAUCAGAGUAAACACUGUCUAAGAUGUGGGGGAAUCAGAGUAAACACUGUCUAAGCUGUGGGGGAAACAGAGUAAACACUGUCUAAGCUGUGGGGGAAACAGA